ACCCAUUCUUCUAGAGUGCGGAAAAGAAAGCGGACAAAUUAAAGAACUAAGAUUUGUUGUCGUUGUGAAGAUUUUUGUUAGAAACAUGGGUAAACCAACUGGACAUCUCUUGCGUCAACUGAGGUCUCUGAUGAAGAAUAAGCAUCAUUUACCUGAAGUGAUUCAAGCUUACAUCAUCCCAUCUGAAGAUGCGCAUCAGGUAUAAGUACCACGGCACUAAGUACUCCAACGUACCAAAUACUCUAGGUGGCUGUAAAAAAAAAAAAAAAACUAUUGAUAGUAAUCUCUACCGGCCUGUCUCAAGAGUAUGGCAAGUACACGCACGACUUUUUCCUUCCAUACCAAACAUACUAGCCUUUGUACGCUCGAGAUCUCUUAGAGUUCCGCCAUACUCUGCAGACUGUGGUCUAUUGAUCGCUAUACUUUUGUUCUUUAAUCAUAUGUUUAAUUAAUGUGCACGCCUUUUUUUUUAAGUGUCAGUAGGUUAUCCUGCCAAAAGUAGAUGUGGGUAAAAAUACUGAGUUGUCAAUAAGAACAGCUGGUUCCCUAAGGUCUGCCAUCUUCAGCGAGUACAGAAGGAGGGGUAGACGCUAUUCCCCACCCCACUCCCCACUGUCCAGUUCCUCUUUGGCCCUUACAAAUUAGACCCUGUUCACGUGCUUAUAUGGCAAUAAUAUGCAUGCAUGAGUUGUGAUCGUAUUGUAGUUGGCUUGCAGCUUAAAAAAUGACUUUGUAUUUCUCAAUUUGAAGAGGUCUGUUACCCUUUAAAUACUUGCUUUGUUUGACUAUUGUUACAAUUAAUAAUAAUAAUAGUAAUAAUAAUAAUGAUAUUAAUAAUAAUUAUGACUUUAUUAUAGUAUUUGUACUGAAAGGUGGCUCUUCAUCUGUAAAAAUUUGCAUUAAUAUUAAAAAGUGAUAAUAAUAUUAAUAAAAAGCUUUCACUAUGUACAAUAUCAGGGCUGUUACUGCCAAAAAAGAAAAAAAAUAAAUAAAUAAAGUAAUCUAGAAUAUAUACAAAUCAAGAAAUCAAAUGUGCAUUUGCCCUAUUUAUAAGAUACUUCCUAACUUUAGUUUUAAAAUCACAAAAAACUACAGAGUUCCUUGCAGCAGAGGAUAAUGAAGUAAAAGAUGCAUUGUCCUGGAAAGUACCUGACUCAAGGGGUACUUUUAACGUUGUUUCUUUUGAGGAUCUCAGCAUCCGCAAAUUGAAUUAUGAAUGUCUAGCUUAAGAUAGGAUGGCCAGUCAUUAUUACAGAAGGCUUUAAAAAACUGUUAAGUAGUUAAUACUCUCUAUUAUUAUUAUUAUUAUUAUUAUUAUUAUAUAUAACUAUUAUUAUUGUCAUUAUUAUCAGUAUCAUUAUUUUAUUAUUGAUGAAAUCAUAAUGAUAAAUUUUAUUGCAGAAAGUGGUAAACAAUUGAAUAAAAUACAUAAUCUAUAAUUUGAAAAAACUAAAAAGAAGUAGAUUUAAAUAAUUUAAAAUAUGUACCGGGCAAGUUUCUUAUAAAAAAAACUCUCCAAAACACUCCCAACAAAACAUCAGAUAAAAAGGAAGAUAACAUAGUACUGUUUGAUAUGAUUACAUGAAUAAAUGAUAGCAUUUGUUCAAGUUUUCACUUGUUCGAGUCAGUUUUUUAAGGUUUGGAUUCACCUGUUAUUUGUUUAAUUUUCUGAUUUUUAUAAUUUGUAUUGUACAGAAUGAAUAUCUAGCAUCAUGUGACCUAAGAAGAGAAUUUAUCAGUGGCUUUAGUGGCUCAGCAGGUAUGAAUGUGUUUUUGUCUUCAAAUGGAUGAGGUAACUAUUUACUAUGACCAUUUGUCUUCAAAUGGAUAAGGUAAUUAUUAUUUUUUAAUUAUAUUUUGAUUUUGAACUUUCUGUAGGGACUGCAAUUGUCACAGAAACUAAAGCAGCACUAUGGACAGAUGGGAGAUAUCAUUUACAGGCAGAAAAACAACUGGAUGUAAACUGGACGUUAAUGAGGGAUGGUGUGUAAUUUUAAUGAAAAAGUUCUUGGAACCCUUUGAAGAGUGCAAUCUCUGACAAAAUUAGCUACCAUCCACCUUUCCUCUAGAAUUUUUUUGAGUAAAACCAUCCAUGGAAAAGCAAAGGUUAAAGUUGAUUUCAGAUUUAAACCCUUCAACUCCCAAUAUCUUAUUGUUAAUUCUCUCCUCUUGCUGCUACAAAUUUCCUUGUAAAUUAGUUUUAAGAAUGUGGUGUUGGAUCAAGAUAACAACUUCAACCUGAUAAUUUUGAGUAUUCUCAUUACCUGUUUGCUGGAUGAUGUAUGGAUAUUGAAGGGAGAACUUACGUGUUAAUCACUUCUGGGAUUUAAAUGGUUAAGACAGGUAUCUGACUGUUUUGUCAAAAUUGAAUGAAAGUGGCUAAGCUUUAGCCAGGAGAAUACUGGAAAUAAACCUUGCUAUGUGACAAUAUCUGCUACUUACACACAAUGUUGUGUACACCCGAUGAAUUUAAAAAGAAGAAAGUGCAACCUUAAUGAGGUGAAGAGAAGUCAAAGUAGGGCUAAAUGGGAUUAAAAUUGGAACAUUAUUCUGGACAGAAAGUGCAAUUUUGGUGGCAAAGGAUUAACUGUGCAGACUAGAUAUAAAAAGAUAGGGGACUAUUUUAUGCAACCAUACACGAUUUAGAAAAAGCUAGCAUCCCUGUAAGCUGUAAUAUAUGUUUCAUUUAGUGGUACUUUUUGCCUAGCUCUGCCGACCUUCUCUAAAGGACCGGUAUGUAAUGUUGAUGAGUGUUAACAAUAUAAGAUGCAGCCAGCUAAUUAAGUAAUUUAUCACUGAUUUUUUCAGGGUUAUCUGAAACUCCAACUCAGGAAGACUGGCUGAUUCAGGUACAGAGCCAUUAUAUUUACUUUUAUGACAUUAUCAUUGAUAAUUGACGAGAUUAUCAGGUGAGGUAAUAUUGCUUAUUGCUUGUGUUAUCUGUGCAAGUUGAAGGUUGAGGUAGAUGAUACUAACAAAGGCCCUAGUUUUAAGCUGAUAAUUUGGACAAACUUGCAAAAAUCAAUUCUGAAAUCAUCAUUCUGUUAUACAUGAUAAGAACUAUUAACAGUUAUCUCUAUGUAUGAUGUCAAUUAUGAGUUAUACGUUGGUGCAAGCUAGAGACCAAUAUAUUCCAAUGAUCAUUAUCUGCUUUAGAGUUGAAUUUGCUGGUCAGACCUAGAAUUUAACUUUUAAAUAUAUAAUUACAGAUUUUUUUUCUUGUCUCCCAUCAGGAAUUACCCAGUGGAUCAAAGAUUGGUGUUGAUCCAUGGGUUAUUACACAUGGUGAGUUUAUUUUUGGGAUGAAACAUAAUAAUUCUAAAAUACUACUAAAAUAUUCAAAGAGAGUCCAAAAUGUGUGUUAAAUAUUGGCCUUGCUGAGCAGACUGGAUUAAGCCCUGGUAUAGUCAAUGUGUUUUGUUCUUGUACAGACACCUUUCUCUGACUUCACAGUGCCUGACUAUCCAUCCAGAAGUAAGAGAUGUUAUAGACUGAGGAAAUUUGAUAUAAACAUACAGUAGCUUCAAAUUAUUGUUUUAACGAAGUGCAUACCUUUCUUCUGUUUUAUUAGGAAAAUGGGCCAAAAUGUCUCAGGUGAGCUUCAUGGAAAGACUCCCUACCAUUACACAGCAGCAAUGCAUGCAUAAUGUAGGCAUGGUGCCUUUUUGUUUUUAAACAGGGAAUGGUACUAAAGGUGUCAAUUAUUGCUUGUUGUUUGUUGUUUGUUGUUCAUCUGUCGGGGUCAACGAAGACCAUGUUGUCAUCCAGGGGGAGGAGAGAUCAACCAUGGAUGCCCAGGAGGCUGGCUAUUCAAUCCCAGCACAGAAGAGACAAUAGCAGAAUGGGCAGGGGAUGGUGGCUGCAGAUGGUGGUUUGCUUGCUCUUGUCUUCUGAGUCAGCUCCUCAGCUGUGCAACAUCUCCGGAAGGUUUCUGGAGAGUCAAAAUUUUUUUCUAGGGUGUAGCAAGUUUUUUUUUAAUAAAUAUAAGUCAAUUUUUUAAACUUUUGUUCAUUAUUUCUUGCACAGAGUCUGUCAGCAGCAGGACUGUCAUUAGUAUAUGCAGAGAAGAAUCUGGUUGAUCUGGUGUGGGCAGAUCACAAUCGACCUGACCCACCCUUUGAGGGGCUGAUGGUAUUGGACAUCUCAUUCACUGGUUAGUCAAAGCUGAUGUAAAAAAUGUACAAGAACAGGAAAAUUCACUCUCUUCACCAUUGUCUAGAUUCUAUGAUGAUUCAUCUUGAGAAUUAAAUCACCUGCAUAGACUAAGCUCCAGUUAUAGCAGAGUCUACAGCAUCACUGUUCAUUUAACCCCUUGACCUUAAAGAAUGACUAGCAUCUAAUUUCUCCUUACAAUAUCACCCCUAAAUCACACAUAAAGGUCAUGAAAAUAUAGGAAAUGAUCACCAACUAAGGAAGCACUUGAUUGUUAAACAAAUUCUCCUUGUUAGCACCUUAGGAAAUGUAUAAAGACAGUUUGGAGAAUAUGUAUACUGAUUUAAGCCAGAGCUAAGCAGUAAAUAUUUUGAUGUGUACUUUAAAUGGGAAUUACAUUAUUUCUUAAAUUCAGGAAAAACCUGGCAAGAAAAAGUAAAACAUGUGCGAGGAACAAUGAAAAAGAGGAAGGCUGAUGCACUAGUGGUGACUGCCCUGGAUGAAAUUGCAUGUUAGUAAUAUUGUUACUAAAAGCCCAUUAUAUAAUUUCAGUAAAUGUCUCAGAUAUUGUAAUGUUGAACAGCUAUUACAAACAAGAAGUUUUGUCAUGUCAAGUGCUUCUGCUUACUUUUUCUUUAGGGUUGUUUAACUUGCGAGGCUCUGAUGUGACUUUUAAUCCUGUGUUCUUUGCUUAUGCCAUAAUCACUCAAGAUGAAGUAAGGUGAGUUUGCCAAAGUGGCAAUGAAACCUUGCUGAUUGGUAGAAUGUUCAAAUUGUCUAAAUUUCUACUAGCAUUUGUCUGGGGCUACCUUGUUUGCAUUAGUCAAAUGAGCAAUGGGGAAAUGUACAAUCAAUCAUAACUGACUGAGUGAUGAAAAUUAUAGCCGGGUGAAUAAGUCAAAUAUCCAGCAACUGAAGUCCUAUUUAAAAUUUUUAUUAAAGGAUGCUAUGGUCUCAUCAACUAAGGUUGAACUGUCUAAAAAUUGUAAAAAACUUGGCUGCUUGUUUUAAGUAUGAGAAAGUUGAGGAAGAGUUUCAGUAUCUUGACUAAAUCAUCACUAUUACAACUAUUUUUGUCCUCAAAAAGUCCUUGAAUUAUGUUUGUGUCAAGUUGUUCAAACCAUGACCAGUAUUCAGCUGUAUGACCUAAUGCAAGAUACAUCAAGUAAUGACUCUGAAUAAAAAAAAUCCAGAAUCUUAAAUUUGUGAAAAAAAUUGGUGGCAUUAGUGCAAAGGAACUCCAGCCUUCAGGCACUGUAUGAUUCCUGUAAUAAGAAUAAAGCUUUGCAGUUGCUCCACUGUCUUCUUAGCUCAAACAAAACAUCAUUUUUUCUUUUGUUUUUCUCUUAAGAAAAGAAUUGCAAAGGAGAUUCUGACUAAGAACUCAAAGUGUUUUAUUGCUUGCAGUUUGUUUAUUGAUGAUUCCAAACUUAACAAAGCUGUAUCUAAACACCUCGGCUUGGACAGUGAAAACGACAACAAUCAGACCAAAGUUACUGUGUGUCCAUAUGAGGGAAUAUCAGAUGCCGUCAAAGAAGCUGCUAAUAGUGGAGCUAGGAUUUGGGUAUGGAAAAGAGCUUUUGAUUUUGUCAAGCAUUUUUCAAGGGUAAACUUUGAUCACAUGUUCCAAUUAAGGUUGCCUGAGAUUUUUCAGGGCUAAACUUUGAUCAAUGGUUCCUAUUUUUACUAGCUGCCAUACCAUCUCCUUGGUUUCUUCAGAGGGGGUCCAAAUUAUAUGAUGGUUUGCAUAUUUAACCCUUUUCACCCUAAUAUCAGUAUGCAUAUUCUCCAUACUGUUCUAUGUACAUUUACAAAGGUACUGACAAGGAGAAUUUGAUUAAUAAUCAAGAUCUUUAAUUGGUGAUCAUUUCCUUUCUUCUCAUGACCUUAUUGUGUGAUUUACAGGUGAUAUUGUAAGGAGAAUUUAGAUGCUAAUAACUCCUAGUAAUUGAAGGGUCAACAAUUAGGUAAUGAGCUGGAGAUUUCCAACGCGUAGCAGUCAUAGGUAUAACAUUACUCUUCACCUCAUGGUGUUACCUUCAUGAUAACGUGUUAUCCUAAUGCCUUGGCUGCUAUGUUUUUUGUAGAUUAGUUUGUCAUCCAGUGUUGCAUUAGUCAGGCUUGUCCCUAAGGUAACAGAAUGAUAUAAUGUGACAUAAUUGAUGUUAGCUUAAAAUUGUAACCGCCGAAUCAUCCGCUGUACAGUUUGAAGUAAUAGCCUGCUCAUGAAAUUUAUCAAAAUACUAAAGGAAGAAAUUUAUGGGAGAUACUUUCCGCGAGAUGUUAAGGGGAGGUUUCCACCCCUCAGAGACCACAGUAGCUGAAAAAACUUUACAAUCCUUUGCGGGCCGUCUCAAGGAUGUCUCGCAACAAUCCUUUACCCAACCCCCUUCCUUUGAGAGGAAGUUGUGAGAAAUCCGAAGGAACGGGAAGUUAAAAAGCUCAAAACAAAACAACACAUUGGGAUUUCUUAAUGGGAUCAUAAAUCACUAUCUGCCACCGACAGGCUUACCUCUGAUGUCCGCUCAGAGAUUGUUGAUGUUAUGUUAUUAAAGAGAGACGUAUUUUAAACCAAUUUUUGGGAUGAUUAUUCCUCUAUGUAAAACCAAUUUAGCAAUGGUUGAGUUUAUUUGCCCACCUUCCCUUAAUACCCCCAGACUCAACUCAUCUCUGAUCCGUCGCCACUGGCUAGUAGCAAAGCAGUCAAGAAUGCAGUGGAAAUCGAGGGCAUGCGUGAAGCUCAUGUGAGUACACGACUCCAUUAACUAGGGCGUGUUUUUAUAGAGUCAGUUGACUGACAAUGCAAGUUACGUUGUUUUGGAUUAAGAAAAAAAUUGGGAUAGCCUCAUCGAGACAGAGACCCAUGUUUAGUUUUUCCCCAAGUUUACCAAAGAAGUAAACGCUAGUGUCAUCGAGAUUACCUUAAUUUGUCCUUUUUCUAAUGUUGCCCGUCUUUGUUAGGUAAUGAAUUAGACCAUACACACUCUAAACUAAGUGGAGUUAAUUCCCAUCACCCGCAAUGCUGGUAGGAUUUAAAAGAAAACUUUAAUGUACACAUACCACAUGCCUUCAAAGGGCGUUCAAGUGCAAUUCUUACAAUUUUCAAUUUGGUGUUGAGAAUGGUUCGGAUUGGCUAUGAUUUUGUUUUGGUUCACAGUAUUAGAUGUGUGCAAGAGACUUAUGACCUCUUGAUGUGUGGGUACACUAUAAAAACAAUCCUAGAAAUUCCAAUUGCAAUAGAGCAGUCCUCAAUUGAAUGUCAAAAGUUAUCCGGGAUUGCAUCGAUUUUGCUUUGUUAUCGCUGUGUGAUUAGUCUAGAAAACUCACGUCACUCUCUUAACCAAUCAGAUGUAAAACGACGCAAAAACACCACUUGGUCACCCGCGUUUUCCCGCGCUUUUGGCAUUUGGUUUGUUUUUUAAACUUUGAGCUCUCAUUGGCUAAUUUCCUUUCUUCUGAUUGGUGGUUGUGAUUACUUUGGAUUUGCUUUUACGAUACUCAAGCGAAAAUUAAAUUGGCCAAUUUUAUCCCUUAAAAUUUAUUACCUUAGUCUCUUUCUUGGCUUAUUACUUUCACACAGAUCAGAGAUGCCGUUGCCUUGUGUGAGUAUUUCUGUUGGCUGGAACAAAAGGUGAGGGUAUCAUCAGCUGGUUUGAUGUUUCUUAACAUAACAAUUGAAGCAAAUGCUUAUGCGUUACAAUCUAUUCUGAAAUGAAUAUGGAAAUAAGUCAAAUUUCUCAUAACCAUGAUACUUCAUCGUCAAGGUCCCUAAAGACGACCUCACAGAAGUCACAGGAGCAGCCAAACUAGAAGAAUUUAGAAGGUGAGAUGUUCCAGCCACACUACCAAGUUACUAUGUACUUGCUAAUGGCCAUGUUGAGACACUUAACUCCAAGCGGAACGUACAGCAGUUGUUAGGGAGACAUGACAAAUGGAUAAAUCACGUUUUACGACUGUGUUGUUACACCAUAGAGGCCUUACUUUGUAUUCAUAGGUAAGUCAGGGAACCUAUUUUUCGCAAAGGCGGACAAAUUAGUUUAACUGGCUCAUGCGCCCGAAGGUCGAAAAGUUCUACGUCUUUCCCAAAGGGACUUCCUGAACUAAUAGAUUUUAAUAUUUCUCUGUUUCAGAGAGCAGGAAAACUUUGUAAGCCUGAGUUUUGAGACAAUCUCCGCUGUCGGUUCCAAUGGAGCAAUUAUCCAUUACAGGUAUUUCCACCCGUCAUUUAAAUUUCGAGAGAUUGCUAUAUUUCUUUUAAGAUAUAGCUAAGUAUAUCGAGCGUCAUACCAAGUGUCAUUUAAAGUAUUGAUAGCUUAUCACUGGUUCCGUACAUCUACGAGGGUCGGUACUCUUAUUCGCUAUCCUAUCAACUCUGAUCAUUCUUUGAUAACUUUUUGACAAAACUGAAUCAUGUCAUUACAUCGUUUUGUUUUCUUCUUUUUCAGACCAGCUGAGGAAACAGACCGUAUGAUUUCCAAAGAAGAGUUGUACUUAUGCGACUCUGGGGCUCAGUUCAAGUAAAUGUCACUUUAUUCAGAUUCCACUUGAGCGCAGUCUUCCUCGCAACCGUUUUUUAGGUGUCACGCUCUCUCCACUGGAACGUGUUGCAUGACGAGACCAAACAACGGCUGAAAAGAAAACUAACUAAAGCGCAUUUCGAUUGAGUGUACUCCAGAGAGGACACUCUUAAUAGUGUAGCAGAACGCGCAGUAUAAAUCACUUGCCAGUAUCCCAUAACGAAGUGGUAACGCCAGAAACGUCAGCUUUAGAAUCUUUCCUUGGUGGCCAAUUCGCAUCAUCAACUCAGCCGGUACAACCAAAUGUUCUCCAAGAAAUAAGUUGGAUUUUAUGAACAAGAGGAAUACCGAAAAAAAUUAUCGACUAUUGCGUCUCAAAAUCGACGGGUUACCUUAACCUUAAGAACCAUGACCUUUGUUUCUAUCCUGUUUAUUUGUUGUCAUCACCACUUUUAUUUGUUGUUUAGGGAUGGCACCACCGAUGUUACUCGCACGUGGCAUUUUGGUGUUCCUACAAAAUGGGAGCGAGUAAGUUAUUUCAGUGAAUUGGGAAGUAAUCGGUACUAUUAGUAUUUUCACCAUUGAACGCAGAUUGAGAUAUGGGUCAUUUGUAUUACCUGUAAUUCCCCCUAAAACUCGAGAUACUUCUGGGAGCAAACCGCGUUUGAAAACUCGCAUCAAUGUCAGUAUCUGAGCAACAGCGCACCUAUCCCCCCCCCGACCCAACAACACUCAACUGAUAACUAGUCAGAGUAAUGUUGGAUUAGGGGAGGGUAGGUACGCACCUGCUCAUACUGACAUAGAUCCGAAGACACUUCCAACUAUUAGGUUUGUGUAUGAAUGUUGUUGUUGUUGUUGUUGUUUUUUUUUUUUCAAACUAUAACGGAGCCUUUCAGGUUUUAUUUUUUUAUUAUUAUUAUUUUUUAAUCAGAACCCUUGUUAACGAAAUAAAAUAUAAAUCUAAUGCUACCACUACUAGCAAUGUCAGAAUACUGAAACCCAAGCCCAUCUGGAAUGGACAAUGUUUUUGGUGUCUGAUUAAACUGGAAUUCUUCCGAACAAGUUUAAGAUUAAUCAUUUGGCACAGUGAUAAAAUACCUCCAUAAUAAAUACCCAACAGUUAUGCUUCUUUUUAUCUUAAGGAAUGUUUUACUCGUGUUCUGAAGGGACACAUUGCAUUGGCAAGAGCCGUCUUUCCCAACAAAACUACAGGUAAUGUGCUCGCAAAACAGUACCAAAGUCAAUAUUUCUGUAGUGUUUAGCAGACGGGCUAUCUAUUUUAAUGCAAUUUUUCUGGGAGUGUUACUCUAAAAGUUGUUGCACGCUCCUUUAACCAUUUCACUGAGGAAUUUGUAGAUCGCUGGUUAAUUUUUUUCUGCCUUGCUUAUUUUAGGUCAUAGACUAGAUACUUUAGCCCGCAUGUCCUUGUGGGACGCUGGAUUGGAUUACCUGCAUGGUACAGGGCAUGGGAUUGGCUCGUUUUUAAAUGUACAUGAAGGUAUGUUGCGCAUGCGGCGCCUGUAAGCAUGCGAACGUUCAAGCAGGGCGUGUGCCAAUGAAGAAUGUGAACUUGUGCAACAAUGCAAGAAAGUAAAGAAGCGUAAGCUGGAGACGCAUGUGCCUGUGUGCGUGCAUGCGUGCUACUGUUGUAGCCUUAGGGAGCUCCUUGGUUCAAUUUUUGCUCGGUAUGUGCCGCUGGUCUUUUAGAACCCACACCCCAUUAUAGUCUAUUUUUUGGCCAAUUACAGACCCCAGCUUAGUCAUUUUUGCUAUUACGGUAGCAACUUUUUAACCGCGAAUCUUCCUAAUUUUAAAUCCUUACUGGGCAGAAUUUUCCACCCCCUAAAUCCAGAAAUUAUGCAACCCCAUUGUAGUAACUCUACCGUAAAUGCAGCGCCGUUUUAGUCAAUCCAGUUGUGAUAAUUCGCACAUCCCCAUAAGCCUAUUACUAAGAGGUCUAAGCCUACAAAGGAUAUGAUUAGACAAAGCCUAAUUUAAAGUUUACCCUGCAAAACAAAGGUUCUAUUUCCAGGUCGCGAAAAUAAUUGAAUCUCCACCUGGCAGGAUUAAUGCAUCUUUAUGCUUUGAUGUUACCAUGUCUAGGUCCACAGGGGAUAGGAUUCCGGAGCAGAGAGAAUGAAGCCCCUCUAGAAGCCGGCAUGAUGGUUACUGACGGUGGGCCUUUAAUUUUUUUGCUUAAAAUGUAUAUUCUCCUGUUCAGUCACUAAAUAUUUCUAAACGCAACUCAUGUGAGAAUUUAGGAUCAGGCCGAUGAAUUUGAUUUGGUGACAUUUACCCUUCAGAGUUCUUACAGAUUGUCAAAAAAAAACCUUGAAAAGCCGCAUAAUUUUAUAGUAUCAAUUCCCAUGCCUGAACAGUUCUUGAGUUUAUGACAUUGAGUGCCUUUGAUCGAUAAUGUUGCCGUUUUUUUUUUGUUUUUUUUUUUGUAUCUUUAGAGCCGGGUUACUAUGAAGACGGUGCUUUUGGAAUCCGUAUUGAAAAUGUGCUGCUUGUAAAACCGGUUGAACUGCAGGUAAAAAGUACAUUAAAACUCGAAAAGCGCUCCAUCGUAAUAUAACUGAUCUGGCAACUAUCACCCGAUCGAUAGGCGAUGUUGGAAAAGGGAGGGGAAAAGUCAACCGAGUGUUAGUUCAUCUAACUUUACGGCCUCGUUUAAUUCCAAUGGAGCGAACGAAAACCAGAUUGCUGGUUGGAAAUCAAAUUGUUUUCUGUGAGAUAACCGUAAACCUGGUCGUAAAUGAUACGCUCAAACACCUUAGCUACUAUAGGAACGAUAGAAAUUGGGCGAUAAUUGUUUAAGUCGGGUGAUCUCCCUCUUUGAAAAGUGGGAUAACCUUUGCGCAUUUCCAUUCCUGAGGGAAAACACCUGAUCUGAUGGACUGAUUAAAAAUAAAACACAGUGGAUCAGCUAUCAGAUCGGCGCACUCCCUAAGAAGUCGCGAAGAUAUCAUAUCUAAGCCUGUGGCUUUCGAUUUACAAAGCUUAGACAAAAGUGAGAACACUUUAGAAGGAUUAAUACAUUUUAACUCAAAACGUUUGUCAGUUCCUCAAGGUAAUGUAGGUGUGAUGGACCAUUAUUAGAAUAAAUCUGGCUAGCAAGCUUGGGUCCAAUAGAAGAAAAGUGAUUGUUGAAGGCAUCGGCCAUCUCAGGAGGGCCGUAAAUAGAGUUACCGUUGCUUUUGAUUUCUUUUAUGGAACAAUUAUUAGUUUUUCUCGACAUGAGCUCAUUUACAAUCCUCCAUGUCUGGCGCGAGUUGCCUUCAUUUUCAUCUAAUGCUCUUUUAUAAAAGAGCUCUUUUUGCUUUUUGAUUUCGUUAUUAACUAGGUUGCGGCAUUUUUUAAAUUGUAGCCAGUCAUUAGCAUCCUUAGAACGCGAUGCUUUCAAUUUAAGAAUAUCUCUGUCAUGCAUUCGUUUCUUUAAGUAAGGUGUAAUCCAAGGUGACUUUGAGACGCGCGCCCGUUUUACAUGAAGUGGGGCAUGCUUGUUUACACAUUCCAGGAAUAGUUGUUUCCAUGCAGCCCACAUUAAAUUAGGAUCAGAAUAGCUUUCGAUGCUACUCCAAUCCUGUUGACCUAUAUCGUUACGAAAGUGAUCAGAGUUAAAAUUCUUAAAUAGGAAACUAACUUUUGGUUAUCUAUUCACAGAAUAAUUUUAAAGACAGAGGAUACCUAGGCUUUGAGCCAAUCACUCUGGUAGGUGUUUGUUCAGAAUUCUUCUUCAGCAGCAGGAUGUUGCCUUCUGUAACUUUCACUCGUAGUAAACUAAAAACAGCAACGGCUAAAAACGAAAAAGGAAGCAAAACACCACCAAUUCACAAGCCUUUUAAAAAAAAAAACUUUGAGCGUCUUCGUGUCUCGUUUAAAAAGCCUUUCCGAGCAAUAUUUCGAUUUGUGACUUUGGUGGGUUGAGUCCCCUGUGAUGCUUUUUUUUCGAUGUUACCUGCAUCUAUUUCGUUCCCGUAUUGUUAAAUAACAACUAAUUUUUUGAAUCGUACAAUGGCUACACGUCAGAGAAUUUAAGAUGCAAAAUGGUAGACCAUCCUUAUAACAACCCUCUUCUCCUGACAACGUUAACAACCCUUCUUCUGUUGACAAUAACGACCCCCCCCCCUCCUCAGUAUGCUCUCAUACUUUACUUUCCCAGUGUGCUCACGUUGUUGUUAGCAUAGUCUUAGAUGGUAAUUUCCAUCAAAUCUGAAUAUAUGACUUAUGUUUUUCUCGUAGUUUCCAAUCCAAACCAAGCUUCUGAUGCCGUCUAUGUUAACAGCAGAAGAGGUAGGUUGAAUUUAGUUCAUGGAGGUUUUAUUCUUCGAAUCUGCAGCUCCGGAGAUAAGUUUGCACGUGCGUAUUGUCAUGGUCGCGCGCUCUGCCUUUGGCAAUGGACUUAGAGCGUGCGCGCAGCUUUGUAGCUGCAGCGUCGCUUCAGCUACACCACGUAUUUCAUAUAAUUUACCCCUGAGAAUUUUGUGUAACGAACUGGUCUCCAUGGGAAUAUAACAACAUAUAAAUCGCUUUGUUUUAGUCGGUUUCCCGGUGUAAUGUCGGUAUGUUGUUUGCGCACUCGUGUUCUACCAACGUGAAUGCUAAAAGGUUUUCAUACCAUCAGAUGAUUGUAUUUCCUUUUGUUCUUACAAGGUUGAUUGGAUCAACUGGUAUCACGGCUUAUGUGCAGAGAAGGUUGGAUCAGCUCUGAGAGAACAGGGCCGUACAAGCGCACUGAACUGGUUAAUAAAAGAGACAGUUGCUUUAGGUUGAAUGUCUAGGUGACUAAUUUGCAUAUGACAAGAGCUGACAACUGACAGCUGAUCAGUGAGUUAGCAGACAUUUAGUUCAUGUUCGCGUUAUGUCUGUUUGUCAGCAGUAAGACAAGCUUUGUCCCUUUCAACGGAAAGGCAACGUGAAGUAGUGCUACAAGAAGACAGCAACUACAACAACAACAAACAUCAACAACAACAACAAAACGAACAAUCUGAAAAUAGUAUUAAAAUUUUUAGUUUCAUGAAGCAG